GGCAGCUUUGCUUCCGUUCGGGGCGCCGCAGCUUCCGACCUCAACCUCUCCCUCGGGCGAGGAAGAGACGCGACCCCGUGCGCAUGCCCCGAUCAUCCCAGAGGGGCGGGGCUGAGGCUGCGGGUGCGGGAGGGGGGGAAAGAAAAGGGAAUUCCAACCUGUGGAAUCUUGGGGGGUCCCCGAGGUCGGCUUCUUCCCAUUGACUGUGGAUGGUGCCCGGGACAGAGCCUCUGGUGGCUCGUGGGGAGGUUUGGGGGUCUGCAGGGUGAGGGCGGAGGGGAGUGUCACUGUCAGAGUGCGAGUGCGGUACGGGAGUUCCAAACUUAGUCUUGAGGCCCUCGGGGCUCCGGCGCCGGGGAGAGGGAGCUCGGGCCACCAUGCGCGACAGGACCCACGAACUGAGGCAGGGGGAUGACAGCUCGGACGAUGAGGACAAGGAACGGGUCGCGCUCGUGGUACACCCGGGCACGGCACGGCUGGGGAGCCCGGACGAUGAGUUCUUCCAGAAGGUCCGGACAAUUCGACAGACUAUUGUCAAGCUGGAGAAUAAAGUCCGGGAGUUGGAGAAGCAGCAGGUCACCAUCCUGGCCACGCCCCUUCCCGAGGAAAGUAUGAAGCAGGACCUGCAGAACCUGCGUGAGGAGAUCAAACAGCUGGGGAGGGAGAUCCGAUCGCAGCUGAAGGCCAUAGAGCCCCAGAAUGAGGAAGCUGAUGAGAAUUAUAACUCAGUCAACACAAGGAUGAGAAAAACCCAGCACGGGGUCCUGUCCCAGCAAUUCGUGGAACUCAUCAACAAGUGCAACUUGACACAGUCCGAAUACCGGGAGAAGAACGUGGAGCGGAUUCGGCGGCAGCUGAAGAUCACGAAUGCUGGAAUGGUGUCUGAUGAGGAGCUGGAACAGAUGCUGGACAGUGGGCAGAGCGAGGUGUUUGUGUCCAAUAUACUGAAGGACACACAGGUGACUCGACAGGCCCUAAAUGAGAUCUCUGCCCGGCACAGUGAGAUCCAGCAGCUUGAACGCAGUAUCCGUGAACUUCAUGAGAUCUUCACUUUUCUGGCUACUGAAGUGGAGAUGCAGGGGGAGAUGAUCAACCGGAUUGAGAAGAACAUCCUGAGCUCAGCAGACUAUGUGGAACGCGGGCAGGAACAUGUCAAGAUUGCCCUCGAAAACCAGAAGAAGGCUCGGAAGAAGAAAGUCUUGAUCGCCAUCUGUGUGUCUGUCACUGUCGUCAUUGUGGCAGUCAUCAUUGGUAUCACCACAUUGGUUUGAGAGCUUCGCACAUUCUUGGCACUAAGAGCACCAGAGACCCCGGCCUGCCCUCUCUCCCAGCAGCUGAGGGGGGAGGGCAGGACAGAGCCUCCAGCGGGAUCCCCUUCCUCACACUGGCCCUGAGCAGAGGGGCGGACAGUUCUCCUGGGGUUGCCAGCCUCUCAUUCAUGGGGGCUUCCCCACUCAGGCCACAAUGCCUGGGGGACGGCCUGCAGCGUCCUGUUUGGCUGGGACACACGGUUUUGUAA